AGAACGUAGUGGAGCUACAGAUCUGCGUGCAAUGCGCAUCUAUCGACAGUGUACAAAACGCUCCUCCUCCACAUGCAGCGCACCGCAGGUUCCCCUCCCCCCUCCUGCUUCAUCUCCUCAGGCAUUGUUGUGUCUUGAAUAGAGCGACGUCGAGCGGGCAGGAUGCAGCAACCACUUGGCUCCGUAGAUAUUGAUUUCGACUCAUUCAUCCCGCUUCCGCGUCGACCAAGAAUCACUGUGUACCCGAACUCCCUGCAGUCUCAUGCGGCUCGAUCCUACUCCAGCGAUGUCCGCCACACAGAGCUCUCUGCGAGCGCAUGCUUCGGGCCUGUAGCAGAGCGCUACGCGUCAAAUGCCGACCGGCGAAACGAGAACGAUGUCACAAACUGCAAUGCCUCUGUUUACGACGUCACGUCUCUUCUGCCGUCUCGCAAGCUACCAACACGGGUAGUCGCUGCUUCAAUUACUGACGUUAUACACUCGCCUCAAGCUGGAGCUGGCAGCAUACACUCAGACUCCUCCAGGUCGUCGUCUAGGGGAAGCUCAAACUCGCCCUGUAACACCGAUCUCAGUGUGGAAGCGUUCGCGUUGGACGUGGAUAGGUCGUUCGGCGAAGAGGCCGCCCAAGCCUCCGCUACUCAGAUGCAAGCACGCUCGAUCCGGGACGUAUCAGACACGUCCAUCCCAAUCAGUUUGGAUAUCGGUACUUCUUCCUUCAGAUCUCCGUCAAUUCGGCGUGCGCCACUACAAAACUCCAUCUCUGAGUACUCGUCUCCAUCUGGUCGGCAUGAUGUUUCCGUGCCUUCUCAUGCAUUUCAAGCAUAUCGACCUUUGCCAUCAGAAUUCCAUUUGAAUACCAUCAAGGUGCAGAAAAUGCCUUCGACGGCGAGAAUGAGCAUGGAAGAAGCAUACGGUAUUCGCGCUCCAGCUGCGGUGACUGCCCUAAAAGUCACGAAGGAGAACAUGGUCGUUGUGAAGGUUGCUACACCGAUACCCACCGACGUCGCAAGGGCAAGCGAAUCUUCCGCCAUGAGAAGCGCUGUUACUGUCGCGGCGAGACACGCAGAGUUGAAUGCGAUCGAGCCGAUCAGACAUGUGGUUCCUAGACUUCCGAUGUCCAGGGUAGUCGAAACCUCUCCUCUGCUGAACAUGCACUCCACGGCAGCCCAAUCUCUGACGAACCACCAUAGCGGUCUGGCGUCUUCCUCAGGCACAGAUUCUCAGACAGCUCUCAUGUCUCUCUCCUUUGAUCUAUUCGAAGAGAUUGAAGGAAUGCUUGGGAGGAGGUCGCGAAGACCAGAGCCUGUCCGACGUGCUCGCAGUACGUCAGCCAUUCCUCAAUAUGACCAUGUGUCAUGAUGCGCGACCAACGUGUCAUGAAAGAUCGCUCGCAAGCAGCUCGGUCGAUUCUACCGGAUGCGUUCACUCUGGUAUAAUAGUCCGCGUAGAGGUGCCACGGGCUUCGGCCUAAAGUAUGAAACGUGACGGCGGCCUUUGA